UGAUCUGAGGUGUCUCAUGUACAGCAUUAACUCCACCUGUGGACACACAAGACAACAGCUCCAGAGAGGGAUCAUGGUGUCAGUCAAAGCUCCAGUGAUUGUGUUCGUGUUCUUUACCAUUUGUCUGCUGGCGGCAAACACAUCUGCAGCAUAUCGACGAUGCUGUCAUAGAUACUUGUCCUUCAAGUUACCAUUUGAAGUCAUCGAGGGAUAUUCACUUCAGACUGUUACAGAAGGGUGCCCAAUAGACGCCAUCAUUUUCCACACAAAAAAGGGUAAACACCCAUGCACCAACCCUGCUUUGUCCUGGGUGAUGGACUAUGUGAAUCGUUUGAGGACUAAAGCUCAACGGGUUCACCAGAAUCCUUCGAAAGCAUAGAGACGUCAUGAUUUUGUGCUUUUUGAGGAGGAAGAGGAGACCGGCUGCAGUGAACAAACAGUUUCUAUCUCAGCUUUGUCUGUUACUCAAUAACUAAUAAUGUUUCACAGCUUAGUAAGUUUGUGAACACUUUUCUGAUGUAGUAAAAAAAAAAAAAAAAAGUGUAGUUACACAGUGAUGGUGUCUGCUCC